GUUUCGUUCUCGUCUUCUAGGUCAUGUGACUCCUCCUGACUGCUACACUGACUCGGCAUCUCUCCUCUCUUCUCUUGUUGUGAAGGCCCAUCAAUGGCGAACGAUCUCCCGCGCAUACUAGUUCUGGGUCCUCCACUGAUCUUCCGAGAUUUCCAAUCCCGAUACUCUCACUCUUACAAAUUCCUCAACUUCUUCGCCUCUUCCUUUUCCCUUCCCCAAUUCCUCUCCUCCCUUAGCAUUCAUCCCUCUUCAGUUCGCGCCAUUCUGUGCAACCCUAUGCAGCGGGUCCCCGCCGAUGUCCUCCGCUCCCUCCCCUCCCUCGGCCUCAUCGUCACCACCAGCAUGGGCACCGACCACAUUGAUAUGGCCGAGUGCCGACGCCUCGGCGUCCGGGUGGCCACCGCGGGUGGAGUCUACACCGAGGAUGUCGCCGACUUGGCCGUCGGGUUGCUGAUUGAUGUUCUGAUGAGGAUAUCCGCUGCUAAUCGAUGUGUCCGGAAAUUGCUUCGAUCUGAGGAGCCCCGGAACACUCCUCCGGCUUCACGGGUGGGAGGCAAGCGAGUGGGAAUAGUUGGGUUGGGAAAAAUAGGGAUGGAAGUGGCGAAAAGACUCGAACCCUUUGGCUGCAAAAUAAUGUACAAUUCAAGAACCCCGAAAAUUUCUGUGCCAUACCCAUUUUACGGCAGCGCCGUUGAGCUGGCGGCUAACAGCGACGUUCUUGUUCUGUGCUGUGCAUUGACGGAGCAGACUCAUCACAUAGUGGACUCACAAGUGAUGGAGGCACUGGGAAGAGAGGGAGUGAUAGUGAAUGUGGGAAGAGGAGGCCUGAUUGAUGAGAAGGAACUGGUGAGGCGUCUGGUGAAUGGGCAGAUUGGAGGAGCCGGUUUGGAUGUGUACGAGAAUGAGCCUCACGUUCCCUCUGAACUCUUCUCUUUGGAUAAUGUCGUGCUUUCCCCACACGCUGCUGCACUCACCUCUGAGUCUUUCAAUCAGAUAUCGAACCUUGUUGCUGCUAAUCUGCGUUCUUUCUUUGAAGACAAACCCUUACUUACUCCCGUCAUGGAGAAUUGAAGGAUUAAGAUUAUUUACAUUCACACAGUAAAUGUGCAUGCUGUAUUUCAAGAGUCUUGCGCUUCUAAGAUGUGCGUUUACUGUAAUUGCUCUGUUCUGCCAGCCCAAACCAGAUUAAGCCUUUUGUUUGACAUCCACAACAAUCAAUAAAUGGAAAAAGAGAUGUUGAAUAUAAAGAUGAGGUAUAGAUCUCUCAUAGUGAAUGCAUGAAUCGUGCGUGUAUAUGAACAUAAA